AUGGUGGACGUGGUCGUGGGCAUAGACAAGUGCGGGGAGCAGCGCCUCACGUCUCUGCCUCUGUCCCGCAUCCGGGUCAUCAUGAAGAGCUCCCCCAAGGUGUCCAGCUUCAACCAGGAGGCACUGGUGCUCACCGCUAAGGCCACGGAAGUCUUUGUGCAAUAUCUAGCCACCUACUCCUACAGAUAUGGCAGUGGAAAAGAAAAGAAAGCACUUACUUACAAUGAUUUAUCAAAUACUGCAGAGGAAUCGGGAACUUUUCAGUUCCUUGCAGAUAUAUUAUUGAAGAAGAUAUUAGCUAGUAAAUAUCUGAAAAUGAUUAAGGAGAAGAGGGAAGACGAGGAGGAGGAGAAUGAUGACAGUGAUGAAAGUGAUGACAACAAUGCGGAAUCCUAA